GCAUGUGCAUGCCGAACUCGUACUUGAUCACUGGUCCACUGAUCAGCUAUGGCAGCCCUGCAGAUCACCAUUGUCUGCACUGGUCCACCUCCGCUCCUGUUCCAGCCCCAGGUAUUCACUGAACUCGAAGUUGGAUCCCUUGUGCGGAGGCAAAUCCACAGUCUGCUCCGCCGUGAGUCUGCCGGCCCCGUGGUGGACCUUAGGCGAAGCCAGUUGAGGUGGAAAGCAUCCUGCCCGCCAAGCACACCAUGCAUAAUGCGAAGAAGCGGACGUACUAGGGCUAUCCCGGGGGAUGCGAGCAGGGGUGGUGGGGCGUUCUCCAAGAUCGGGCCUGGGUGGAGGUCGAAGAGGACCGCAGAGGCUAGCAAGCGGGUUAUAACCAGCGAGCCAGACCCGGGCAUAUUCGGCCCCAACACAGUGACGUGGCACCUGCAUGGCGAUCCAGCAUGGUGGAUCGCUGGGAUCUGCAGUCUGUACCUCCAGGCACGGCAUCCACGUGCUGUCGCAGCCAUUGUGCAAAACUCUAUGUUCCAGAAGGACCCCCUGGGUCGCAUACUGAGGACCGCCAAGUACCUGAGCUUGACCACAUACGGCUCAACGGAGGAGGCAGAAAACGCUGCCUGCCCAGUGCGUGCGGUGCAUCACAAGCUCAGUGCGGUGGACCCGCAGACCGGUGACGUGAUACGCCUCGACGAUCCUGAUCUACUGCUAUGGGUGCACUGCGCAGCGGUUGCAUCGAUGGCCACCGUCAGUCAGCACGCGGGCUUUACGCUGUCCGACGAGCAGAUGGACCGAUACUACGACGAGCAGCGCCGGUCUGCUGCUCUGGUGGGCCUGGACCCAGAGAAGACACCAGGCUCGCAGAGUGCCAUGGCAGAUUACUUCACCCAGGUUCGUCCUCAACUGCAGAGGACACCUGAGUCAGAUCUUCUGUACGACUUCCUUCACGACCCGCCGACCAACUGGUGGUCGUUGCACGUCAACCUCGCUUAUCGGCCCAUCAGCCACCUCGCGUACUCUUUGCUACAGGAUUGGGCCCAGAAGCUCCACGGGCAUAGGGCAUGUCCCACCGGGCUGGUGGACGCAGGGUUGCACGUGUUCCGGGCAGCUGGACUUGUGGUGCCAAGGGAGAUCCGGGCGUGCUAUCCCUUUGACCAUGUCGAGCGUGCUGUGGAACGCCUUGGUGAGCCCGUCUUCCCGGCAAUGUCAGUGCCAGUGCCACGUUAACGACCCAGCCAUUGAACGUUCUCCAACUUGAAGUAAUGGGGGUCCUGCAGUCACCAGGCCCGUUUGAG